AGCAAUCACGUUGCAACCAACCCGGAAGAAUUGCCCUGUCUCUGAUUAACGUUUGAAUAGACAAGAAUGAUCCAUGUAUGUAGUAAAGGAACGAUUAACGACGAUACUGCUGUGAUUCUCUAGCUGAUAACGUCGUGUUUGUGUCCUAAUCUGGGGUGCUGGCGGUGGAGGUGGCGGGAACGCCCUGAUGCCAUCGGAGAAAAGCCUCCGCUCUGUUUACAAGUCCCCGCAGUGUGUCGUUAACUGAUCGUGCUACCGUUUGUGUCGUUCGGGACGGGAAAAAAUGGCUGAAUUGCAUGUUGUAGAACCGAGCGGAACCGAAACCAUAGAGCAGUCCGAGCACCGAGAUGUCCGGGGCUCGGUGCGCCUGGCGUCGCCCACUCUCAUGGUUCCACCACGGUGCAGCAGUCUUCUCAGCCCCGGUGGAGUCUCCAGCGGCUGCAGGUCGGGGUUUGGCUUCCCGUUGAAGAGCAACCCGAGCUCACCAUCCGAACCGGGGGAGAAGCCGGGCUCACGCUGGGUUCGACUCAACGUCGGGGGGACCUACUUCAUCACGACCAAACAGACGCUGUGUAGAGACCCCAAGUCCUUCCUGUUCCGACUGUGUCAGGAAGACCCGGACCUGGACUCGGAUAAAGACGAGACGGGGGCCUACCUCAUCGACAGAGACCCCACUUACUUUGGCCCAAUCCUGAAUUACCUCCGACAUGGAAAACUGAUCAUGGAUAAAAAUCUGGCCGAGGAAGGUGUUCUCGAGGAGGCCGAGUUCUACAACAUCGCCUCCCUGGUGAGGCUGGUGAAGGAGAGGAUACGGGACAAUGAGAACCGAACAUCUCAGGGCCCCGUGAAGCACGUGUAUCGAGUACUACAGUGCCAAGAAGAGGAGCUCACACAGAUGGUCUCCACCAUGUCUGACGGCUGGAAGUUUGAGCAGCUCAUAAGCAUCGGCUCCUCCUACAACUACGGUAACGAGGAUCAGGCAGAGUUUUUAUGUGUCGUUUCCCGAGAACUCAACAACUCUACCAACGGCAUUGUGAUAGAACCCACUGAGAAAGCCAAGAUCCUUCAGGAGCGAGGCUCACGGAUGUGAAGAAACUUUGAUGAACAGGAACAAAAUGAGCACAUAUUCCAGUUUCCAUUGACCACUGUCCUCCAUCAGUACGCUCCCAUCUCCUCUGGCGUGCCUUUCCACAGCUGAGGCUCCUGGCGCCUCCUCGUCUUUGCUGCUGCAGCACCACCUUCUCUUAUUUUCUCAUUUCUUUUCCUCCAAUUUAAAGGGAUGACAAGUGAGAGAUUCUCCGUUUUGCACCUUUUUGGUGUUUGGAGCUGUAGCAGAGCAGGCUGCGAUUGCUGAUUGAGAGGAUGGAUGGAUGGAUGGAUGCACAGCACAGACCUACAUUGAACCAUCAUGUCCAUUUUGCAGAGGCUCACUUGGCUCUUGUUGGUUUAGGAGAAUGCUUCUCAGGACUCUCAUCUUGGGAUUAAAAUGCUUCCUAAGCCUGAAGAAUCCACCUAGUGUCAGAUGGAGCAUCAGCCCCUCUCAGCUCUUGCUGACUCUUUCAGGAGGAGGAGACGGAGCGGUCGGUUUGUUCCAGAGUCCGACGUCUUUCAGGGACGAAUCGAGACACACUGCUGUCAUUUUCUGACUUCUGUUUGAGGAUUUUACCACGCAAAAGAGAAACAGACAGACUUGAAUUCCACUCGUGCACAGUUUGUCCAGGCAUGUGAGGAAGCUAUAUUUAAAAAAACACACACACACACACACACACACACACACACACACACACAUUUAAUGUCUAUAUGAUGAAAUUAUGUGAAAAAAGUGAAUGCAAAUGGUGUAAUUAUUGAUUUGUUUAUCAUAGUUGUCAAAUAUUGACAUAUUUUUGUGGGGGAGUCUCCUCAGAGACGGAUAUCAGUUCUCAUGAUGAGUUGAAGCACCCAUGACUCCCGUGUGUGUGUGUGUGCGUGUGCGCGCGGUGCCUCUGCUGUGUCUUGGCUUUUCCAUCUGAGCCUUCUUCGUCGUCACAUAACAACUUAUAGCUCCUUUCAUGUUCUAGUGCAUAUCUUAUAAUUGUAUUUGGAGAUAAGGAAACUCAUGCCAUCAGUGCAGAUGGGCGUUGGGGCGGGGUUGACCACAACCCGUUUUUUCAACUGCCUCAAAACCUUUAAGCCCCGGUCUGUCCCAGGCCUUGCUCCCAUCAUGCAGUUCUUUGAUCAGCUCUCAGCUGAACACCCAGAUGGCGACUCACUGCAGCAUGUAGCACCCGUACAGCUGACAUUUACCGCCCACCCAGGCCUGCAUCAACAUCCAGUGUAUCUAACCUAAUUCAGAGACUGAGCCACGUUGACACAUAUCACAGAAAACUAAAGCAGCUUUUUCACAUUUCAAACUUGGCUUCAGAAAGCUGAGGAGCUUCCACUCUUUUCAUUAUAUCACACAUGUUUAUUGACUUUAUCAUUUCAUCCUUUGUAUAAAAGGUAAAUGCAACCAAACAGAACAUGAACAAGAGAAUUUGGAUGUGGGAAAGGAGCCGGUUUUGCUUCCUGACAUGUUCAGGCCAGCCGCAAAGCUCAAACUCUGAUGUGACGUUUUCCUUGAUUUUUGGUGUGUGUGUGUGUGUGUAUAUGUGUGUGUGUGUGUGUAUGUGUGUGUGUGUGUGGGUGUGGGUGUGUGUGUGUGUGUGUGUGUGUGUGUGUGUGUGUGUGUGUGUGUUCCGAGCAGACGUGGCUGCUAAUAAUACCCAAAUAUUUCAUUGAGGAGCACUUUUUUUCCCUUUGCUAGCUGGGUCCUUACAGAGCACCUUGGGUGUGGUUUUCUUUCGUCUGUGUUCAGUGUCGUGCCUUGAUCUGUGUUGUGCACAGUUGUUCUUCCCUCUUGUCAAAAGGAUCUCUCAUACCUUAAAAAAGCCAAAAGGCUCCUACUUAAAGUGUGUGUAAUGCAAUUUUUAGCCGAAAAACUUGAUCUCUUGUAUUGUUUUUUUAUGUAACAAAACAAACCCUGAUUGCUUAUUUACCUGAAAUUUGAACCAAAUCGCUGACGUUCAAACACACACCUGAAGAUUAAAAUUUCCAUCCAUGUCUGGUGGAAACAUUUCUGACUGUUGGAAACUAUUUGUGGAGCUGACUCGUGAAAGUUGUCACAGCAAAACAAACAAACAAUGAAAGAUUUUCCCUUUUGCUUGAAUCGUAGGAUCUUAAACUCCCAACAGUGAACGUUUUCAAAGCAAUUCAUUUUACUAUAAACCUACAAUCAUUUCGGUCAUUUUUACAGAAUAUAUUUUAUUGAGUUGCAUGUUAAAGUCCCAUUUAUGAAUUCAGUUUGUAAUGUUCUUAAUUGUACCUUUUUAUAAACUUGAGAUUGUUCCUAUCCUGGUGACUAGUUAAGUGAUUCACAGCUUAAAAUAUAUAUAAGUCUUAAAAAACGAGAUGAGCAAUGGCUCUUUUGGUUGUUCUUUAAACUAAUUACUUAAAAAAACUGUAUUAUACCAGCCCUGCUAACGGCAUCUUGGUAAAUGUUGAGGGGGAAUCCUCUAUGUUCACCACCACAGUGCUAAAAAAUAAAGUGAAAAUCAAAAGAUUUAUUUGUGCAAAAAAGAAAAUAAUACAUUAGUAUACACUAACAUUACUUUAAAAAAAUAUGAUUAAAAGAUAAAUAAAACAUUUAGCAUGUCCUUUGUGUGACAACGUUAGCAUUUAUCAUGUCGUAUCAGUGUUUUUUCUUCACAGAUCUAGGACUUUAGGCCUUUAAUAAGCAGGCUUUAUACAAAAUUUACAACACUAAUUUUCAGCACAACAUUUUAAUCUUGCACAUACUUCUAACUACAUUUACCCUUUCUCCUGUUUGGUCAGUUCAGCACUGAGAUACAGCAUAUUUUGUACAGCAGCGCCCAAAAUUUGCUGCAAAAAAGUUGCAAAAAGAAAGUUGGAGAUAUUCUUAAAAGUCCUUUAAUAUUAUUGAUCCCUGGAGCCAGUUUUAAUGAGAUGAUUCAAAAGUAAAUGCAACAAAAAGUUGGCUAUUUAUUUUUAUUAUUUUCUCCUAAAUUCAGCACAAUGGUGCAGAAGCUAACAGGCUAAUGGAAAUAGUAGAGCCAGGUCAGCUUUUAUUCUGUUAUUCUAUAUUUUCCACAUUUAUAUUAAAAGUUAAGCUAUAAAAUAGCAGUCUGUGAUUUUUUUACAGCAAUCAAAUGUUUGUUAAAAAGUGAAUUGUUAUGACUGCCAGCUGCUGUUUUGUUAGUUUGUGAUUUGUUUAAGUAAUAAACUAUCGUAUCUCCUGUUGCUCAAAGUUGAGCUUGGUGCUGAUAUAUGAGAGUUGGCAUGAACAGGAUGUUAGCAGUUAGCUAAAAGAAGAAUUUCCCCCAAAUAUUUCUCAUCUUUAGCAUGGCUGUUUUUACCAACAGUGUCAAUCUGUCUUCAAAGGUCGGUUAUGGCUAAUGAAUGAUAAUGUGCUAACACAUUAAAGCUAAUUAUGACCUUGUUAGCAAUUUGACUUGAUCAUUUAGUCAAAAGCCAUUUUUUUUUACUAAACUUUAAAAUUAGGGUAAAUCUGAGGACUGGUUUGUGCUUGUUGGUGAUUAACAACUAUUAGCCAUGCUAACAUGAUAAACAAAUACAGUAAGAAAGGCUAUACUUUAGGCAUCUUAGUAAGCUAGCAUUAGCAAUUAGCUGAAAGCAAUGCUAAUCAGAGUCUCACAAUUAUCAUGACCCAAACAUUUCCUUGUAAAUAUAUGAACUGUGUUUUUACUAAAGUAAUAAAUUAUUAAGGGACAUUUUCAAAAGAUGUAUCUUAAACUUUAACAUUGGUUUCAAACCAUUUUUACGGUUUGCUUUACUGUUUUAGCUAUUAAAGAAUAAAUAAGCUGAUGAAGUUGAGAGCCACUGAUGUGAUUGUCUAACUAUGUGGCUUGAGAAACAAAGUAAAAUAAAACUUGGCUUUAAGUCUCAUCCACGACUAGUGAUCUGGGUAAUGUACAGUGUUAACAUUCUGCAAAAUAGAUGUCUGUUGUUUGGGCACUGGGAAACACGAGAGCAUGUGUUGUUCUAGAGAUGAAGAUGUUUAUUCUGGAUUUUAUCAGACCUUUGUGUUAGUGCAAACUUAAUGUGAUGCAUGGUGUGAGGGGCAGAGAUGGUCGCAUGGCUCUGUGGUUUGUAGCUGUAUAUUUCUUGUGUGGAACAGCAGGUGUACAAUAAACCCACAUGAUUAAUCUUCAAGCCUUUUAACUAACGUAGAUAUUUGGCCUAAAUAUUAAAAUGGUUUAAAUGAUUUUCGCCAAAUUUCAGACCCUUCUGCAUACUCAGUCUUCAUUUCUGUAUUAAUUCAUAUGACCUGCAAUGUGCAAAACAAGACGAUAAGUUGGAAAAUAAAAGUUAUUUGUGGAUCA